AUGCGGAGGGCCUUGCCCCUAUUGCCCACCCCUGUGCGGCUCAGCAGAGGAGGCGGCUCUGCGGACCGUACUGACAAGUUGGAAGCGACACAUAGUAAGCGCUGGGCCUCCAAAGGUGGCCAGGAUCAUCCUGCACGCGAAAUCCUCCUCUACGGCCGGGCGCUUCCACUCGGAAACGUCGUCUAUUGUGUUGAACAAGGGGGAAAGUCCAAGAACUCCCGCUUCCUUUGCUUCCAUUCCUAUUAUAUCUACGAGUCUAGUGCCUUGAAGCUCCCCUGCAGACUGACGCGCCGGCAUCUACCUCCCAUCAGGCUUGUGGGCAUGAAGAGUCAAACAAUUCCACAUAUCUGCACACGAAAUCUGCACAUGUCUUCUUUACAGCUCCAUGCAACUGACAUUGUUUCCGAACACCUCAUCCCGAAGCUCGGUGGCCAUCCAGUAGAGGUCAGCAAGGCGAAUCCAUUCUCGGUCAUCAUGUGCUUCUGUUUCGCCAUCAUCGGGCACGUCCACAUCGUCUUCGCCGUAUUGACUGAAGAUCUUGCCCCUCUACGCUCUCUGAGUGUAGCAAGUAAGUCGAGAGGUGAUCUGCUGGCCCGACGAACAACACCAAAAUAUGAGCUUGCUGGGUCGGCUUACGUUGCUGCUGCAGAGAGCGGUCUACGCAGACCAUGUCUACGCUUCAAGAUGGUCACCUCAUUCUUUGCCUUGUGCAAUUCUGCAGCAUUUCGCUGGGGCCGCUGCUGGUUACUUCCACACUGUACGUUGAAGCUGAAAGACGAUAUUCCAUCUUCGAGUGAGCUUCACUUCGAGUGA